UGAUGUUCUCGAAGGUUUAUGUAUUCGGACUCCUUUUUACUGCCAUAACUCUUCUUUAACCCUCUCUUCUGUUUUUCACUUGAUGGAUUGAUCGUCUCAUAUUCUUCAUCGUGUCAUCUCCUCCAUCUUAGAUCACCGUCCCAUCGUAUCGGCGCCGUCGUCCUAGGUCGUUACAUCACCUUCUCGCCGUCUCAUAUCCUCGGACAAUCUCAGAUGUUGUAAAGGUGAAAUCUCAAAGGUCUUACCUCAAAUUCGUUAAAAAAAAGGGGGGCUUUCAACGUAGAUCACAUUGCACAUCGUAUCAAUAACCUAUUUUCCCCGCUUUCGUUUCUCUCAGAGGUUUGGAAUAAAUAAUACAAUACAAGAAAAUGCAGGCAUCAAGAGCAAGACUUUUUAAGGAAUACAAGGAGGUGCAAAGGGAGAAAGUAGCUGAUCCAGAUAUCCAACUUGUUUGCGAUGAUUCCAAUAUAUUUAAAUGGACUGCACUUAUCAAGGGACCAUCAGAAACUCCUUAUGAGGGUGGAGUUUUUCAGCUUGCGUUUUCUGUUCCUGAGCAAUAUCCUUUGCAGCCUCCCCAAGUGAGGUUUUUAACUAAAAUAUUUCACCCAAAUGUUCAUUUUAAGACAGGAGAGAUUUGCCUGGAUAUUCUGAAGAAUGCUUGGAGUCCAGCAUGGACACUCCAAUCUGUAUGCAGGGCAAUAAUUGCUUUAAUGGCCCAUCCAGAACCCGAUAGCCCACUCAAUUGUGAUUCAGGGAAUCUUCUUCGAUCGGGUGAUGUUAGAGGAUUCCAGUCGAUGGCUAAGAUGUAUACUAGGCUUGCAGCCAUGCCCAAGAAAGGUUGAAGAAUAUUAUCGUCAUUAUUCAUCAUGCAUAUGUCAACAAACAAAUAAAUAAUCCUUCUAUUUCAUUUUCACCAUAUAUGUAUGUUUGUGUGUGUGUGGACUCUCAUAUUACUUGAGCUUUGUAUGAAUGAAUGUAAUACAAUAAUUGUAGUA